CGGCCGGAUGAUGGCGAAGGGCAAAGUACUAUGGUUAUCUGUUCUCCUCCUCGGAUCGGCGCUCUCGCAGCCCCUGCCGGGGCCGCAGUUCGACCAGCCCUGCCCUUGUUCGGAGCCCUGUCCUGGCCCGUGUCCGAGCUGUCCCAGCCCGUGUGACGGGGGCGUGACAAACGUCGCCCCCUGCAACCCUUGCGGCCCGCAAGUCAACUACGCUUAUGGACAGUCACAGCCAGGAAUAAUAACCGUCAGGCCAGGCCAGAUUCGGUUCCCUCAGCAGCCGCCCAUAGUCGUCCGCCCGGGCCCCAUCUCGCUGCCGCGCCCCCAGCCGAUCUGGGUGAAGCCCCGGCCUGUCUGUCCCCCCGCCCCUGCACCUAUCACCAUCAGGCCUCCGCCGGUGCAGCCGCCGCCACAGCCCCCGUUCACCGUGAGGGUCCCACCGGUGAUGCCGCCUGUGCUGCCCCCGAUUUGGGUUAGACCUCAGCCGGUGCCUGUGCCUUGCCCUAGCCCCAUCAAGGUCAUCCCAAGCCCAGUUCAACCGCCACUACCAACGCCAUUAGUCAUCGUUCCUCCAAGAGUCUUAGUACCCAGUCCCCCCACCAUCGUCUUCCAGCCUGACCCUCCCCAGAUCUUCAGGACCAUAGGCUGCGCUGACGUGAGGUCACUACGGAAUCAGAGUCCAUGUCCAUCUCCGAGCCCUUGGUUCUCUCCUAAUCCGUCUCCCUGUCCUCAACCUUGGUACCCUUCACCUAGCCCGUCACCCUGCCCUGAACCUUGGUACCCCUCUCCUAGCCCGUCACCUAGCCCUGAACCUUGGUUCCCUUCCCCUAGCCCCUGCCCCUACCCCCUACCUAGCCCGUCCCCCUGCCCCCUUCCUAGCCCCUGCCCCCGUCCCCUACCUAGCCCGUGCCCCUGCCCAUCACCUUGCCCGUGCAUGAACUAA